CUGGUCGGAAACGUGGUCGGCAGUAGAGCGCUGCUGGGUCAGAGCAUACAGAAGACGGUCGUUUCUCCGAGUCCACUGCCCGAGAUAAAGAUGAACCAGUUGAAAAGGGGAAGCAGGAGUUAACCGUUUCAGAGAUCCAGCAGAAGGUGAAGGAGUACAAUGCUCAAAUCAACAGCAAUCUGUUCAUGAACAUGAACAAAGAUGGGUCCUACACUGGGUUCAUUAAGGUUCAAUUCAAGCUUGUGCGCCCUGUGUCAGUUCCCCCACCAAAGAAAGCGAAUGUGGGACAAGAUACUGGAGUGAAAAGGGCUGGCGGAAUGAAGCGUCGCACCUCCUUCUACCUGCCCAAGGACACCUCCAAACACCUGCACAUAAGCUCCCGCACUUCUGCUCAUGAGGUCAUUGUGGCGUUGCUGAAGAAAUUCACUGUGGUAGACAAUCCCGGCAAGUUUGCUCUCUUUGAGCGCAGUGAGCGUCAUGACCAGGUCUACCUUCGUAAGCUACCUGAUGAUGAGCGUCCACUCAACUUGCGUCUGUGUGCUGGGCCCAAUGAGAAAGUCCUCAGUUUUGUGCUAAAAGAGAAUGAAACUGGAGAGGUCAAUUGGCAUGCUUUCUCCAUGCCGGAGUUGAAAAACUUCCUGCGUAUCCUGCAGCGUGAAGAGGAGGAGCAUGUCAAACAGAUAGUUCAGCGCUAUGCUUUAGCCCGCACUAGGAUGCAGGAGGCUUUGGCUGGCUCCACCCCUGGCUGAGACGACUCUGCCCCAAGGGAUAGCGUGCACCAUAUGACUGGAAACUCUUCUGAAGAUAACCGGUCAUCUCAGCAACCAAGAUCCCAGAGUAAAUAACUCAGCACCUCCCUCCAUGGAGGAGAGUGAACGAGAGAAUGAGAGGGCACAAAACAGAGAGAGCUAGCGCGAACGUGCGUGUGAGAUGGUGAGAGAGAGAAAUGAGAAGUGCCUUACACCCCGAGAGAGUCUGAUGUGCCUGAGAAAUUGAGAAUUGAUAGUGUGUGAAACUUUGGGUGAUUUGGACAUUGAUUUUUAUCAACUUGUGCCUUUUGUCAUUGGGUGUCAUUUGACUAUCCUGUUUACCUCAGCUGUGUCUUAACUUUCAAAAGGAUAGCGGUCUUUUUUUUGCCAGAUAGGGUUAGAUAAUCAAUCCCUUUAUUGAUUUAACACUUGUUGCAACAUUAUCGAGCACCGUGUUAAAAAAAUGUGUAAAAAUUGGUUAAAUCUGUCAGCUGCAUUGUUAUUUGCAAGAAUGCUGACAUGCUUAAAAUUCAAACCACGCAGUUGCAGGAAGAAUCUGGGCAUGUCUUUUUUUCUUUUCUUUUUUUUUUGGCAAUUUCAGAAAAAGACGAGCCAUCAUCUUAAAGCAACUAAUCGUGCAAAUUAUAAUCCCUAACUCAAAAAUAAUCUUUCGCUGUUCUGUCAUGGUGGAAAGUUAAGCAUUUUUUCCAGCUGCAAGGUAUUUGGAUUUUCGUUUCACCCAGGCCCGAAGUCUGCCACUUUCUUUCAAUACGCCCACACGUUUAUGGGUGUCACUUAAAUAGUGUCUCUUUGUGAGUAUGACUGAUGAAUGGACAUUUGUAUGCAGUUAUGAAUGUCAGGAUGAAAAGGAACGUAGAGUUCACUUCGGUUGACUAUGGAACUUACAUAAAACCUGAUUAAUAUGUCCAGCUGGAAGCUGUUACUUCACUCCUAGCCAUUAGGGUUAGUGUCUGUUUGUCUUGUCUCUUGUCUGUUCUUCAAAGGACGAGUCCGUGCUGAAAUUCCUUUUUUAAGUGUCUCUUGAUUUAUAACAGUAUGGACCAUAUUGCUCGUUUUGGAAAACUGUACAUUUUGUAAUAAACAAGCACUGUUUCAAUGUAAUCCUGUGACAUGUUGCAUAUUUGGGCAAGACCUCCUGGUUGCUCCAUCUGCCACCUGACUGUCCAGCUGCCGUCUCAUCCCGGUCUAGUCAGCUGACCUCUUAGCAUCGCCCCAGGUGGCUGCAAGGUGUUCGAGUAAUAACGUGAUGUAUCUGGAAGCCGGCUAGCCAAGGCACGAAGUGGUAAUGGUGUGAGGAAACGAUACAUCUCAGCGGACGACCUGCUCCAAGAUAAGCCCACUAUUUCCGUAGGCGGAGAUCGACAUGGUUCUGGACGCGUCCCGCUGCCGAGUGCGCCUCAUCUAGCCCAGCGUCAACAUGGCCAGCCUCGGAUGAGAAGCUAACCGGCUAGGUAGCUAACUAACUAGCAUUAGCGGUGAUUUUGCUAUUUAGAGAGAAUCAGCUUAACGAAUAAUUAUCUGGUUCUACCUUGGCGUGAUGGCAACUCAAUAAAGAGGGACUGCGAGAUAAUAGAUAACCUUGCUAUCUAUAGUGUGGUCGUUAUUUAUUUUGGGUUUUUUGUUUUUUUUCGCAACGUUAGGUAGCUAACGUUAGUUAACCUCCACCGACGAACCAGGACGAGUUUGUUUUAUCGAGUACGGCCCGGUCGAUUUAAUCAUCGCCUAACGUUAGUGAAUGUGACGU